UGCUUCAUGACAAUAAUCAAAAUAAAGCUCGGUGUACGUAAAUCGGUAACAAAAUGUGCAAAACUUAGAUUUUCCGUUAUUCUGUCGUUCAUUCAACUAUUCUGCUACUAAUAUUACCGAUUUCCUGAAUACAAAUAGCUAAGUAUAGUCGGUUUUAAUGGAAGUUAUACAUUGUUUUACCGCUAUUCGAGAUUUCGUGGUACAUUCAACAGCCCCAGAGAGUUCGAGUUUAUCACUAAGUUGUGUUUAAGUUCAUGCCGCAUUUCAAUUUGUAUAGGACGCGCCCGUUUCUUGUAAGUGCCGUUUUGCCAAGCUAAUUUUAGAAAAACCGACGCUUAUUAUAUGUGCGUCCUUCAUACGGUGCUUGUAACAUCCCGUAAAAAGUGUGCAGACUCUGCGACUUCAAUUUAUUGCCCAAGGAUCUUGGAACAAAAUUGUCUAUAUUUUCACGGAUUGAAUUAAGCGUUUGAAAAAGCAAUGUCAGCACGCGGUCGCGGAUUUCUUUUAUCCCUUAAAGUGGAUAAAGAUACCACUGAUGGAGAAGCAUCUCUAAAAGACAGUGGCCUAGGCAGCAGGAGUCUUAAUUCAGGUGGAGUAGAGUAUCGUCGUGUCGGUCGUGGUAGGCUUUUAGAUGACCUGGCUUCUUCAUGCACCAACAUGACACUUGAGGGUCGUUCGUCUGAUGAUACGAAUCAAGGGAAUACAACUUCUACGACCGAUUCAAAUAAAUCUCUAUCCGGGGGUCGUGGCCGUGCCAAUGUUUUCAAAAAUUUAUUUCGUGAUGAGAAACCGGAACCACAAUUGGAUGCUAAGCCUGCUCCUGUUCCUGUUGCUGUUCCCGAUGUUGUUACAAAGGGCAACAUCGUUACCCUUUCCGUUCCUAUGCCAGUGCCAAAACCGGAAGUUAUUCAAGAGGUAAUGCCAUCCCAUAUUUAUAAUCCAGAGGUGAAACAUGGCAGCAAGGGUAUGCCAGUCCGUUUAGCGUGUAAUUACAUACGAUUAUCGUCUGACCCCGAGAAAGGAGUAUUUGUAUACGAAGUGCGUUUCCAUCCCCCAGUAGACUCGCUUAGUUUGCGCAUGAAAUACCUAAAUGAACAUCGUGAUAAAUUCGGCGGCACAAAGACAUUUGACGGUGUGACACUUUAUUUACCCAUUUUACUGAAAGAUAAAUUAACGACAUUUAUAAGCAAAAAUAUCGCAGACGAUUCCGAUAUUGAAAUACGAAUUUUAUUCAAACGCAAAGAAGCUCUCAAAAAUUGUAUACAUCUCUAUAAUGUGCUAUUCGAUAGAGUUAUGAAAACUCUGAACUAUGUGCGCUUCGACCGAAAACAAUUCGAUCCAACAGCACCAAAAAUCAUUCCACAGGCAAAAUUGGAAGUGUGGCCCGGUUAUGUAACUGCAAUUGAUGAGUACGAAGGUGGCCUGAUGUUGUGUUGUGACGUUUCCCAUCGACUUUUAUGCCAGAAAACCGUUCUCGAAACAUUAGUAGAGAUCUAUCGUUCCAACCCCACGUUAUUUCAAGAAAACGCUAAAAAGUAUUUAUUGGGUUCCGUUGUUAUAACCCGCUACAAUAACCGAACCUAUCGUAUCGACGAUAUUUGCUUUGACAAAAAUCCUAAAUCAACUUUUCAAACUAAACAGGCGGAAUUAUCAUACAUCGACUAUUACAGACAGAGUCAUAAUAUCUUGAUUAAAGAUGAAACUCAACCAUUAAUCAUUAGUAUAAAGAAACAAAAAACCGCCGAUAAGCAAGCGGCUGAAGAUUUAAUUGUUUGCCUUAUUCCUGAGCUAUGCUAUUUGACUGGUUUGCGUGAUGAAAUACGAUCGGACUAUAAACUUAUGCGAGAGAUUGCCACAUUUACUCGAGUAUCGCCGAACCAAAGGCUGCUCGGAUUGGAGAAGUUUUUCAAUAACAUAAACAAAUGUCCAGAAGCUCAAAAUAUACUUCAAAGCUGGGGACUAACCCUGAAGAAUUCACAUGAAUGUGUGAAUGGCAGACAAUUUGAGGAAGAGCAAAUCUUGUUUGCAAAAAAACAAUUUUCGGCCGGUAUAAAUGCAGACUUUUCCAAAUAUGUUUGCAACAAUGAAGUUUUGGAGGUGGUUCACCUUACAAACUGGUUAUUGAUUCACUGCAAAAAUGAUACCAGGUGUGCCAAAAACUUUUGUGAACAUAUAGAGCGAAACUCUCGUGCCUUAGGAAUACGCGUGGAUAAACCGAAAAUUAUUACUUUGGAUAACGAUAGGGUGGACACCUUUGUGAGAGCUUUGAGAUUAAAUAUCGAUGGGCAAACACAAAUUGUUGUGUGUAUUAGUCCUACGAAUCGUGACGACCGCUAUGCGGCGAUUAAGAAAGUUUGCUGCGCUGAAAUACCGGUACCAUCCCAGGUGAUAAACGCGCGAACUCUUUUGAAUGACGCUAAGAAUCGUUCGAUCGUCAUAAAGAUCAUGUUGCAAAUGAACUGCAAACUUGGUGGUUCAUUGUGGGCCGUGAAAAUUCCGUUCAAAAAUGUCAUGAUUUGUGGAAUCGAUUCAUAUCAUGAUGCCGCACAAAAAGGCAACUCCGUUGCUGCUUUUGUGGCUUCUUUAAAUUCUAACUACACCAAAUGGUACAGCAAGGCUGUCAUACAGGGCAAGAGAGAGGAAAUCGUUAACGGUCUUUGCGCGUCGUUUACAGCUGCCGUGACGCGUUUUCACAGAGAGAAUGGCAGGUUUCCCGACAACAUUAUCAUAUAUCGAGAUGGUGUUGGUGAUGGUCAAUUGCCUCUUUGCUCUGGUCACGAGAUACCGCAAUUGGAGAUUGCUUGCAAGCGUGCUUUCAAGGAUUAUACUGUCAAAAUAACCUUCAUCGUUAUACAAAAGCGCAUAAAUACUCGAUAUUUUGCUAUGAAUGGAACCAACGCCGAUAAUCCGCCACCAGGUACAGUGGUUGACAAUUCUAUCACGCGUUCGAAGAUGUACGACUUUUAUUUGGUAUCGCAGGCAGUAAGGCAGGGCACCGUCACUCCAUCACAUUACAUAGUGCUAAGAGACGAUGCCAAGUAUAGCCCCGAUAUUAUACAAAGACUUACAUAUAAACUCUGCUUUAUGUACUACAAUUGGCCAGGCACUAUUCGGAUACCCGCUUGCUGCCAAUAUGCUCACAAGAUGGCAUAUCUCAUCGGUCAGAGCAUACGAAGGGCAACAUCGGAAGAGCUUUCAGACAGACUAUUUUACCUUUAAUUGUAUUUACGGUUAUUCUUUAUUAACACACUUUUGUAUUGAUUACCUUAAAAAAAUUAGAAUCAAAAGGGCUGGGACAAUGGGAAAAUUGAAAUGAAAAUCAUUAAAGCAAAGCAAAUAUGAAUUUGUAUCGGUCGUAAUGUUGAGCAUAUCUAAUGACCAUGGAAAUAAAAAAAGAAAUUGUUACUUUAAA